AAAUAUUUAGCAACCACCCACGAAUAUUAACUUAAAAAAAAUAUCGUUCAUUUCUCACUCUUCUUCCUUCCCCUGUUUCACUCAAUCGCAUGCUUAUUAUGGCUCAACUGCUUUCUCCUGUAUGUGCAGAAUCUCUGAAAUUCCAAAACCCAUUGUUGAAUAUUUGCUCAUUAAGUUCAUGGCGCAUGUUAGAAAGGAUCAGAACUCCUUGGAAUGUGGUGGGUCGUGGUGCCAAGAGAAGAGGCACUGGCAGACUCAGGGUUGCAACUGACGGCUCGGCUUCCACCGGGGCCGUCGCCGAUGAUUAUUAUGCGGUUUUGGGUCUGCUUCCAGAUGCCACACCUGGCCAGAUCAAGAAAGCUUACUACAAUUGCAUGAAAGCUUGUCAUCCAGACUUGAGUGGCAACGAUCCAGAGACCACAAAUUUCUGCAUGUUCAUAAACGAGGUCUAUGCGGUGCUUAGCGAUCCUGUGCAGCGCAUGGUUUAUGAUGAAAUUCAUGGUUAUGCAUUGACUGCAAUCAACCCUUUCCUAGAUGAUUCCUACCCAAAGGAUCAUGCAUUUGUUGAUGAAUUUAGCUGUAUAGGGUGCAAAAAUUGUGCCAAUGUGGCCCCAGAUGUCUUUGCAAUUGAGGAAGACUUUGGGAGAGCCAGAGCCUACAGCCAGUGCGGAAACCCUGAAUUGGUUCAACAAGCCAUUGAUAGUUGCCCAGUUGAUUGCAUCCAUUGGACAUCUGCUGCACAACUAUCCUUGCUAGAAGAUGAAAUGCGCAGGGUAGAAAGAGUAAAUGUUGCAUUGAUGCUUUCAGGAAUGGGAUCAGCCUCUGCGGAUGUUUUCAGAAUGGCAAGCAGUCGGUGGGAAAAGAGGCAAGCAAAAGUUUUGCAACAAGCUAAGUUGAGAAUGAUGAACCAGAAAGAUUCUGGACAAAGUGAACAAUUCUGGAACAAUGUAUGGGGCAAGCCCAGGGACUACAAAAAUUCAGAGGAUGAAGUGAAAGAGAGAGCAAAAAGAGCCGCUGCAGCAGCUCGAAGAUGGAGGGAGUACUCAAGGAGGGGUGUUGAUAAACCUCCCACCUUUAAACUCCCAGAGGCAAUCUCCGACGAGGAAAAUUAGCCAGUGAAUUCUAACCAUAUCACAUUUAUAUUUACAGAAUGUAAUUAAUUUACCAAUAGCUUUCUAGUUAAGACCAUGAUAACUCCCAUUCCUCGUGUAAUCAUGUAAAAUAGACAUUCAUUUGGGGAUGGUAUACUAAAUUGACUGUAAAGGCAAAGAUAAAAAUGGAAAAAUAAAAUAAAAUUAUAUAUGGUCGCUUA